UCUCUGUCGUCAUUGCCAGACAGUUUGUGAUGUUAAAUGUUGCUUAAUUACAUUAUUACUACGGAUGAUCGCGGUGUGGAACAGUGGAAGCACCAUUAUUUCGUGCCUCGCGGUAAUGUGUGUGCUGUGAAGAGGGAAUAUUUUCAGUUUGAUUAAUCAAUGCAGUGGGUUUGUAAGCUGGGCAAGAGUGGAAAAUGAACUUUUACACAUGGCUGUAUCAAGUUGCAAUUUAGGAAGGAAAUUAAAGACACUGACAAAGAAUAUUUAAGACAGUCGGUCUGUAAUGUUGAGUGAAGAAUCACGUGCAAACCUCGGAUUCUAGGAACACUCGACACAAAGGAAUUUUGAAAAUAUUGCAUCACUGAACAAGGACCAAUCACGCGUGAAUAACAUGGUGGCAAGCUCUUAGUAGUCUGAUGGAACCAGUAACGUAUGAUGUCAGUCUAGCCAAAAACAACGGAGAGCAGAUAAAGAAGACAAAGGAGUAACUUUUGAAUAUUAGCUUUGCGACGAAAAUUGAUAAUGUUAUGAUGAAAACGGUCACAGACUACAAUGGGAUCUAUCCAAAAAUCAUGGAGAUGUGCAAAUCGCAAAAACCUGCGGAUGCCGUCAGGAAGAGGAGGAGAGACAUUUCCUUGUUGAUUAGUAAGGUUGUGUUCAUGAAAGGUUCUCGACGGUUUUUAGCAGUCGUCCCUAGUAAUGGUCCACUUCAGCAGCCUUGACAAAAGGUUUAACGGCCGAAGAGCUGUCCCCAUCACUCUGCUGAUUGGAAGGGAUUCGCCUGGGAAGUUUUCCUAUGUAGAUUUCCGUCGGAAUCGGUGUUCACUGUUGGCGCGUCGUUCUCAACUGACUGAAGAAGAUGCCUCUGCAAGGAAAGGAAGGAAGGAUUAACCGGAAAAGGUUACCGGAGUCUCGACCCCACAGAAACCACCGCCACCCAGAACAUCAGGCUGACCUCACUGACCUGGGCAGGACUUCCCGGAAAAGAAACGUGAAUCGGUGUUACAUCGAGAAAAUCGGUUUCAAUCAGGAAGUUGCUGGUAAACUUUACUGGGAUUUGAAACCAUUGGCCGUGUAUCCCCUCACCAGCCACAGAAUGUCAGAGCCUGUAAGGAAAAGGAUACACUCGAGUGAUUCUGAUGAAGACAGAGGGGUCACUGCGGCUGCAGAGAACGGGGCCAGAUGCUGCGAGUUGCUUGAUUUAGAUGCAGAAUCCAGCGAAACAUCGCAAGGCAGUCAUGAAGAAUCCAGAGAGUGUGAAAUUCUCCGUCAGAAAUUAGUUUCAGAUAUGUUCAGCAAGUUAUGCCGAUUGAGCCAAGCCAAAUCUCCUCUCAAAAUAGUCAGAGCCAGUCAACAGUAUAUGUAUGAUGAUUCGAACGCAGAAUAUUUGGAUUGCAUCAAUUCCGUCGCUCAUGUUGGACACUGCCAUCCAGUGGUUGUUGAUGCCCUCUCUUAUGCACUCAGCUCUAAUGUGGCUGUCUGCGGUUGGGAGAUUGAUCGUGGGAACUUACAGUACACAACUAGACUUAAACAGACUUUUCCUAGUAAUUAUGACACUGUCCUCUUUUGCAAUUCUGGAUCUGAAGCAGUGGAUCUUUCUGUUCAGAUAGCAAGGCUUUACACAUGUGGUACAGAUGUAGUUGUGGUAGAUAAUGCUUUCCAUGGCUCUCUUGAUUCUGUGUUUCCACUAUCACGCAAAGUGUCUCGAGAGGAAGUAGAAUGGGUUCAUGUAGUUCCAUUGCCUGACUUGUAUCGUGGUGUUUAUCAGUCUGAUGAUCCAGAUGCAGUUGAUAAGUACCUUACUGAUACUCAUGAACAACUCAACAAAGUUCAAAGAAAUGGCAAAAAGAUUGCAUGCUUCGUUGCAGAGCCAAUGUUGACUAUACCUGGUAUCAUCAUACCACCAAGUACUUGGCUUCAAGAAAUGUAUAAGAUGGUACGAGAAUGUGGUGGCCUGUGUAUUGCAGAUGAGGUUCAGACAGGUCUAGGUCGCGUAGGCUCACACUUCUGGUCAUUCUUAGCCCAAGAUGUUGCCCCUGAUAUUAUUAUUAUUGGUAAACCUCUAGGAAAUGGUUAUCCCAUGGCCGCUGUUGUAACAUCAAGAGAUAUCGCUGCAGUUUUGGGUGACCGUAUUAAAGAAUACCAAUGUACAACAGCAAUGGAUGCUAUUGGGUGUGCAGUUUUAGAUAUUACUGAGCAGAACCAGCUUAUGAAUAUGGCAGCAAGUGUUGGAGAAUUCUUGCUUGAUCAACUAAAUAACCUUAAAAAGAAGUAUGAAUAUAUAGGAGAUGUUCGAGGAAAAGGUUUAGUAUUUGGGAUUGAAAUUGUAUGGAGCAAACGCAGCAAAAAACCCUCACGAGAUAUAGCUGAACAAAUUGUUCAUAGAAUGAAAGAAGAAAACGUUUUGUUGGCCAAUGAAGGAUUCCAUCGAAACAUCCUUAUGCUUAUUCCACCCAUGUGUUUUUCAGCAGAAAAUGCCUUGGCUCUCACUCAGAAGUUAGACAAGGUUUUAGCAGAAUUGCCAACUACAAACAUAGUGAAGGAUCUUGUUACAGGUCUUCCAACAAUAUCUGUGGAGUCAGAAACAAGAGAUGUUCGAUUAGGAAUUUUUCAACCACAAGAGGAGGAGGAGGAUGAUAACUUAUCAUCAGUGCAGGAUAACAUGGACCUACAAUAUGCUCAACAUUGUUACCAGGAUCUUGAUUGAAAAUGUCAGUGUAAAUAUGUGUUUGCAAAUUAUUAAACUUGUCUUUUCAUUUUCUAAUCAUUUUCCAUUUCAUUCAUAUCAUAGAGAUUUAUACUUGUAAACAAUCAGAAAAAAACUGGGUGCAGCAAUAUUUGUUUAGUGCUCAUUUGGUAAAAAUAUUUUUUCAUUCCUGUCAUUGGACAUUUCAUAUUGUGUACAAUAAGAUUCAUUUCAUUAAAAAAUCAUAGCUAUCAUGUCUUUGUUCAUCUGUUUCCAUUAAACUCACUCUAAUUGGGUGAAUUAAGACCUACCAAUCAACCAGAUAUUCACUUUUUUAUCAUUCUUAUUUCACUUUUGAAUAGUAAAGAAAAACUAAGGUGAUAGAAAAUAAGUUUUACAAUUUAAAAUAACAUUCAUGAAUUUUGUUCAUUUGUUGAACUUCUUAUUAAAUACAUUACUCAGACUAAUUUUAUUUCUCAAAGAUCAAGUGGCAUGGCUUUAACAUCUUCCACUAAUAAAUUUUAAAAUACUUAUUCUAAAGACAAAUUUGCCCCAUACCAUCAACUAGGGUUGGUUACACCUUGUUUGAUUAUGAAGCAUGGUGACCACUUCCUUUCUGCUUGUUAACUUUACUAAACAAGCUGAUCUUUUGCUUAAUGACCAUUACCUAAGGUAUGAAGUUAUUUAUAAGAUGCCCAGAAAUUACCUUCAGGAGCAGGAUAAAUGGAUGUCAUGAACAUAAAAAAUAAUAACUCAUACGAGAACAGUAAGAAAAAACCAACUACUAGCUAUUUAAGCAUUUUUAAUUAAGAUAUGUUGCUGUGCUAACUUCAAGUAAACCCAUAACUAUGUCUCCCAUUAGGCAUUACACAAAUAAUGUGAAAAAGGCAUCCACCAGUACUACCAAAAAUCUCAGCUAGAAGGAAGUUUUAAAUAUUUUAUUAAAGUUGAUUUUGAAUAUUUUAUUAAAGUUGGUUCUUCAAAGUGUACAGCAUAUUGGCAGUUUUAAUUAGUAUUGUAAUUGUUUUGGUGAUAUCUAUCGCCUAAAGACUGAAUAGAAUCUUAUUAUUUUUGAAGCAUAUGGUAGAUUCAACAAUAUUUUGAAGUGAGACCUAAUCCUUUUUUAAAAAUGCAUUGAAAUACUUUUUAAAAAAUAUUGUAUAUUUCCAGAUACUUUUUGCUUGAAAUGGAUUAAUCAUAAACCUCUACUAUGCCAAGAAAGUAAAUUUAAAUACCACAUGAAUUAUGGCAAUUAAUCUCAUUGGUAUGGCACUAAUGAACCAACGUAAGUGACAUUACUAUAAAAAAAUAUAAGUUCCAUUAAUAUAAACAGAAAUAAUAAAAAUUAAACUCAAAACACUUUGUGUACAAACAAGAACUCAUGUUGGUCUAAUGUGGUGGUGCACAAAAAACAUUUUGCAAACUUACUUUAUAUACACCUAUUGGUUCUAUAUGCACUGGAAUUUGGCUUCCCUUACAAGUGAAAUGUUAAUACAUCAGAAAUAAAGCCUACCUACAUUGCCUCACAAGCUAUCACAAAGUUCCCUAAUGGAAAUGCACUCUAUAUUCUACCUGGAUCCAAACAACUUCCCAGGGCUGUCAUGAACUUCGUUGUUCUACCUGUUAGCCGAGAGGCUACAAUGCCAUGCCUACCGUUUAUAGAAUAUUACUACAUCAACUGUGCCAAUACAUUUGAGAAAGCAAAAUAACUUAUUUUUACAGUUUUUCUAUUUUAUGGAGUUUCACUGAAGAAAUAUUGCUUGAACCACUCUUUUAAUUUCUUUGAUUUAUAUAUAUUUUAGACUAAUAUUGAAUGGAAUCUGAAUAUCUGCAUAUGUUUAUUUUUGGUUUCCUAUCACAACUUUGUGCUAAGAGUAAGAUGCGAUAUUUCAAUAAAAAAAAAAGAAGACUAAAAA